AUCAAAACUAAAAUUUCAAGCAAUUGCAAGGCCCUCCGCCGACGGGCAAAAAAAUAAAUUGGCAAAUUGCUUUACGAUCAUGGGUUCCCUGAAAAGAAAAGACGCCCCUGGGGCAUCGUCAACUUCAAAGGCUCCCAAAGCGCAAGGCGACUCUCGACCGUCAAAACGACCGAAACCCGAGAAAACCUCUGCUAAGGAUGAUGCGAAAUCGAGCUCGAAUUCGAAACCAGCCAAACCAUCCGCGGUCUCGCGAUUAAAGGAGGAAGAGCCCCUAUUUCCUCGCGGAGGUGGAAGUGUGCUCACUCCUCUUGAACAUAAGCAGAUCUCAAUCCAGGCAAAGCAGGAUGUUCUUUUCGAACAAGAAUCGGGACAAGGCACAGUAAAACCUGAUCGAGCUUCCAAGAAGAAGAAGGUUAAGGUAUCUAAGGACGGGAAAUCUGGAAAACACCAGAGUGACGAAAGCGCAAAGAUAGAGAGUCUCAACUAUAAGCGACUAGUCAAGGGCUCUCUGGUCCUCGGCCAAGUUUCCGCAAUCCAUCCAUUGGAAGUUGUCCUCACUCUGCCAAGUAAUCUCUCUGGCCAUGUACCGAUCACUGCCAUCUCAGACGUUUUAAACGAGAGAAUAGCGGCCGAAACGGCUGAUGUAGAGGCAGAAGAUGACGAGGAAGACGCGGAUGACAAUGAUAUUGAUCUGAAAACCAUUUUCAGAGUUGGCCAGUAUCUCCGUGCCUACGUCACGUCAACUAUCGAAGAAUCAACCGCCCUUUCUGCUAAACCAAGGAAACACAUCGAAUUAUCGUUACGUCCUACUCUCGCUAAUACAGGCCUAUCCAGCCAAGAUGUUAUCGCGAACUGCACGGUCAUGGCGACGGUUGUUAGUGCCGAGGAUCAUGGGUUUGUCAUGGAUUUUGGACUUCCUGACUCAGGUAUCCGAGGAUUUCUGCCUCGAAAGGAGUUGGCUGAGGAUAUAUCCGACUCGCAGAUGCAACCCGGAGGUGUUAUCCUAUGUAUGGUAACAGGGAAGAGCGCCAAGGGCAAGGUUGCACAAUUGACUACUCUCCCAAAGAAGAUUGGCAAGGUUCAAAACUUUGCAUCAGAAGCUACUACGAUCAAUGCAUUCCUACCAGGAUCUGCCGUAGAAUUUAUGGUAUCCGAGAUCGCUAAUCGCGGAAUACUGGGCAAGGUUAUGGGAUCAUUGGAUGUCACGGCAGAUUUAAUCCAUUCGGGUCUUGGUCCCAACGCUUUGGAUUUGGAGUCUAAAUACAAGGUCGGAAAGAAAUAUAAGGCUCGUGUCAUCUGCAACUUUCCAACUGCCAAGGACCCAAAAUUAGGCAUUUCUCUUCUGGACCACGUGGUAUCCCUACAAUCGAAGUUGGCCUCCACAGAUAAACUCCCCACGGACGUUCUUCCAACAUCAGCAAUAGUAGAAGAAUGUACUGUCACCAAAGUCGAACCAGAAAUCGGCCUGUUUCUAGAUGUGGGUGUCGAAGGAGUGCCCGGAUUUGUCCAUGUCUCUAGAAUCAAGGAUGGCAAGGUUGAUAUGCUGUCCGAAUCUUCAGGUCCUUUCAAAACGGGCUCCGUACACCGCGGCCGAGUGAUUAGUUACAACGCCAUCGACGGCAUAUUCAACUUAUCAUUCGAGAAACAUAUUCUUGAACAGCCAUUCUUGCGAAUCGAAGAUAUUCCCGUCGGCGAGAUUGUCAAUGGGGAGAUUGAGAAGAUAUUAAUUAACCAAGAUGGCGUUAGCGGCGUGCUCGUCAAGCUUGCUGAGGGUAUCGUUGGAUAUGUCUCGGAAAUGCACCUAGCGGACGUUCGGCUACAGCACCCGGAAAAGAAAUUUCGAGAGGGCCUUAAGGUCAAAGCUCGAGUGCUUUCAGUUAAUCCCGCUAAGCGACGAGUUAGGCUCACUCUAAAGAAGACGCUUGUAAAUUCCGAGGCAAUCCCCUUGAAGUCUUUCGACGAAGUCACUGUGGGCAUGCAGGUCCCAGGCAUAAUCACCAAGGUAAUCAAAAAUGGUGCUAUCAUACAGUUCUAUGGCACCCUUAGGGGAUUUUUGCCAAUUUCGGAGAUGAGCGAGGCCUAUAUUCAAGACCCGAGUGACCACUUCCGAGCUGGCCAGGUUGUCAGUGUUCAUGUCUUAAAUUUCGAUGCUGAGGCGCGGAAACUCUUCGUCUCUUGCAAAGACCCAUCUGCUUUUGGCCUCGACAAACAAAAUGCUCUUAGGAAACUCCGGCUCGGAGAUGUUGUCUCUGCUAAGGUUGUGCAAAAGACCGAGGAUGAUGUUUUGGUUGAAUUGGUCGACAGCUCAUUAAAAGCUAUGAUAUCAAAAUGGCAUCUCGCUGAUCGUCCAAACAAGUGCCAAGCUGCCUUGAAACGCGUCCAUGUCGGGCAAACCCUCAAAGACCUUGUGGUCCUAGAGAAAAACGAGGGCCGUCGGUUUAUAGCGCUUUCCAAGAAACCGAGCUUCGUCAAGGCUGGUCAAGAAGGCAAGCUUCUUACUUCCCUAAAGGAGGCCAAGGUCGACGAACUUCGACAGGGUUUCGUUAUAAAUAUUACUCCCACAGCAGCCUUCAUUCAGUUUUGUGGACGACUCAUCGCUUUACUACCAAAGUCGAAAUUUCCGCAAGAAGAUCAAACUAAGACGGACUUUGGGCUUCAAAAAUAUGAAUCAAUCGCUGUUAAGAUACAUUCUAUCGACACGGACCACAACAGAUUUGUUGUUGCUUCAUCUUCGUUUGAAGAAAGCGAUGCGAAAAACGGCGCGACCUCUACUCCGGCGGAUAAACUUGAAAACCCAAUAGAUCAGACCAUUUCGUCGAUGGAUGAUAUUGUCGUCGGGAAAGUCACCGAGGCUAAGAUUGUAUCAAUCAGAAGUACACAACUCAACGUCAAGCUUUCGGACAACGUACAAGGGCGUGUAGAUGUCUCUCAAGUCUUUGACACCUGGGAUAAGAUAUUACAUCAGAAAUCGCCAUUGGAUGUUUUCCAUGCGAACGAUACAAUCAAAGUUCGGGUUCUGGGUGUUCACGAUGCCAGAAACCACCGGUUCUUACCUAUAUCACAUCGAUCAACUCGCUCAAUUCUUGAAUUAUCUGCUAAACCACGCGAUCUAAAGGGCAAUACCCCUCAAGUCUUGUCAUACGACAAACUAGAACCAGGCUCUUCUCAUAUUGGUUUCGUCAACAAUAAUGCCGAGAAGAAUGCUCUCUGGGUAACACUCUCGCCUGGUGUCCGAGGUAGGAUCAGCAACCUGGAAAUAUCUGAUGAUGUAUCCCAACUUGAGAAUCUUGCGACAAGCUUCCCGAUAGGGUCGGCAUUGCGGGUUCGCGUUCUCGCAGUUAAUGCCGCUGAGAGCCGUCUUGACCUCUCGGCACGUUCUGCGAGUUCUUCGCCGAAUCUCACUUGGAAGUCUAUCAAGCAGAAUAUGGUACUUCCUAGUCGAGUCACAAAAGUCAAUGAGCGACAGGUUAUUGUACAGCUGAAUGAUGUGAUUUCUGGCCCGGUCCAUUUGAUAGACCUUGGUGAUGAUUAUAGCCAAGCAAACACAUUAUCCUACAAUAAGAACGACGUCAUCAGAGUUUCGGUUGUUGAGGUUGAUAAAAGCAACAAGAAACUCCGACUUUCGGCUCGUCCCUCUAGAGUGUUGAACUCCUCGCUACCCAUUAAGGACCGCGAGAUUACUCAAGCAUCCCAGAUAAAAACCGGGGAUAUCAUCCGAGGUUUUGUGAAGAAUGUUUCCGAUAAAGGGCUGUUCGUGGGUCUAGGUGGAAAUGUGACAGCAAUGGUUAGGAUUUCCGAUCUUUCGGAUAAAUUCCUCAAGGACUGGAAAGACGAGUACCAAGUCGAUCAGCUCGUCAAAGGCCGAAUAAUCUCGGUCGACUCUACCACGGGCCACAUACAGAUGAGUCUCAAAGCCUCAGUCGUCGACAAGGACUUUGUACCGACCAUCAAUUACUCGGAUCUUAGUGAAGGCCAGAUCGUUACAGGAACUGUCCGAAAAGUAGAGGAUUUCGGUGCAUUUAUCGUCAUUGAGAACUCCGCGAAUGUUAGCGGAUUAUGCCACCGUAGCGAGAUGGCUGAGAAAUCCGUCGAAGACGCCCGAAAACUUUUCAGCGAGGGAGAUGUGGUCAAAGCUAUCAUCUUGAAGCUUGACAAGCAAAAGAAGCGAAUUAACUUCGGCCUAAAACCAUCUUACUUCGAGGGGGAUAUGGAUGUCGACGACAGUGACGAAGAUGAUGAUGCUGGUGUUACACUUCUGAGCGACGAUGACGAUGACGAAGCGGACGAUGAUGACGAGAUGGAAGAUGCCGGUGUUUCUAUUAUUCUUAAAGGGGCUGAAAAUGAUUCAGAUGAAUCAUCCGAUGAUGAGGAUACUGAGAUGAUAGAUCGAGACACUGACGAAGUUGCUCCUCUCGAAGUUGGUGGUUUCGAUUGGUCUGCCGGCGCUCUUGACAAGACGGACGCAGCGGACGAAGACACAGAUAAUGAUGCGAGCGCAUCGCAGAAGAAAAAGAAGAAGAAGCGGAGCAAGCCACAGAUCGAAGUGGACAAGAGCGGCGACUUAGAUGCUUUUGGUCCCAGGACAGCUGUUGACUAUGAGCAACUUCUCAAUCGUCAACCCAACUCCUCCGCAUUAUGGAUCGAGUACAUGGCACAUCAGAUGCAAGUCAGUGAGCCCGCCAAGGCUCGCGAAGUAGCCGAACGUGCCGUUUCGACCAUAAGCAGCACUGAGGAAACCGAGAAACUCAACGCCUGGAUCGCCUACCUCAAUCUUGAGGUGCGCUUCGGUAACGAUGACAGCGUCGAAGAGGUCUUCAAGCGUGCCUGCCAGGUCAAUGACCAGCAGGAGGUCCACCAACGCCUAGCCAGCAUUUACAUCCAAGAGGACAAGACCUCGAAAGCAGACGACCUCUUCCAAACCCUCGUCAAGAAAUUCGGCGCCUCGUCCCCCGAAGUCUGGUACAACUACGCGCACUGGCUCCACUCAAUCCGCAACCAACCCGAACGCGCGCGCGCCCUCCUCCCCCGCGCCACCCAAGCGCUCCCGAACCACGCCCGCUUCGCCCUCAUGACCAAGUUCGCCGCACUAGAAUUCGUCUCCACACACCCGAACCCCGAGCUCGGGCGCACCAUGUUCGAGGGUCUCCUAUCCACCUUCCCCAAACGCAUCGACCUCUGGAACCAGCUCCUCGACCACGAAGACGCCGUCCCAGUCGAUAACUCCAAAGCCAGCAUCACCAACAAAAAAGCCGCCGUCCGCGACGUCUUCGACCGCGCGACGAAGGUAAAGGGAUUAAAAGCCCGAGCUGCGAAGAAGUGGUUCAAGCGCUGGGCGGAUUGGGAGGAGAAGAAUGGUGAUGCGAAGAGUCGGGCGAAGGUUAGUGCUAAAGCUGCGGAGUGGGUUAAGGCGAAGGCGGAGGCUAAGGAGAGGAAGGAGAGGGAGAAAGAGGAUGAGGAAGGGAGUGAUAGCGAUGAUGAGUAGGUAGGUAGAUAAUUGCAUAGGUCUAAUGGUGGUGGCCUUGCGGUCAAGUGUAUACCUAGGUUAGGCGUAUAAAAAAUUCACAUCAGUUUUAGCAUCUACAAUUUCGCCGUCUACGUAUUUUUACUCACGAAUCCAAAAAGCUCUGGUAAAAUAAACCAGUAAUUCUGGGAUCGAGACACAUACGAACGGGAACACUCGACAUUCA